GGUCGUUUAUGAUCAAAUUAGGGUUUUGAGUAAUUAUGGAGCCAAAAGAAAAGAAGAAGAGGAAAACACGCUACCGAAGAACACAGUCGAUUCCUACAGACCUAACCAUAGAGAUACUCUCAAGGCUGCCUGAGAAAUCUGUUGCUAGGUGUAGUUGUGUGUCCAAGCUCUGGUCAUCAAUCACCUCCGACCCAUCUUUCCCACGGCCUCGCCUUCUACUCUCUUUCCAACAAUAUGACGACUCGGACUUGUAUAUUUCCUCUAUUCCACAGCAUACUCUGAACUCGAACAGGUCCUACUCUUCUUCUCUGUCUUUUGAUCAUCAUCAUAUGAUGGAACUCCCAAGUUGUUAUAAUCGGUUCUCAUCUAAGGAAUCUGUCCAUAGCUUGAUCUGCUUUCAAGAAUCAGAAAACCCGGUAGUCUGGAACCCUAGCACGAGACAGUUCAUAACUUUACCAACUACACCAGAACCAUGUAAGGACUGGAAAAAGACAACAUUGUUGUUAGGAUAUGAUCCAGUUGAAGGUAAACACAAAGUAGUGUGCCUUCCCUUUAAAAGGACAUGUUAUGUGUGCCGAGUUUUUACAUUGGGAUCAGCUCAGAAAGCAUGGAGAACGGUCAAAGCUAAUAUUCACCAUCGUCCUACCAGUCAUACAUAUGAGCGAUGCAUCGAGGGUGUGAUAUACUAUCUAGCAUCUAGUGGCAAGAGGGGUGAUGAAGUUUUAAUGAGCUUUGAUGUCAGAUCUGAAAAGUUCGAUAUGAUAAAACUACCUUCGACAUCUCUUUGGGACGUGCUGAUAACAUAUAAGGGAAGGUUGGCUUUUUGUAGUAGAUUAAGUUAUAGAACAGAGGAUAGAAGAUUAUGGAUUUUGGAGGAUGCACAGAAACACAUAUGGACGGGACAAGACUUUCUUUCACCUUUUGAUGGCUUAGAUGAUGGGAGUUUCAAACUAACAGGUUUCACUCAUGCUGGCGAGUUUAUUUUCGCACCAGAAAGGGAUAGCCAAUCGUGUUAUAUUUUAUUAUGUGAUCCGGUGAGAAAUAGCUGGAGAAGAUUUGACUUUAAGGGAUUGGCAGACGAGGUAUAUGUCCAUAAAGAAGGCCAUCCACCUUAUGCACUCCAUGCUUUCCCGAAUCACAUUGAUAGUCAGAUGUCUUUGUAAUAACAACUUGCUGCUGUUUUCUUUUUCCUUUGAAUGAUAUUCUUAUGCGACCUUUAUGAUUUCUUUUUUAUAAUUAUAUUUUCCCGAGGCUUUACUAUGAUUCUAAGCGUAGAAAAUUAUUGAGUAU